AGUGAGCUGGUGCAAAAAAACACUUCCCAGUCAUCCCACAGACGCAGAGGAGAGGAGUCAUUGCGAAGUCCUGAACCUGCAAUAUGGCGAAUACAAAUAAUUUAGGAUGUGGGCCUUUAACGGUCAAGUACCUGGUCUUUAUCUUCAACUUUAUCUUCUUUAUCUCUGGCCUGCUGCUCAUCAUUGUGGGAGGCAUCGCGCAGGGCUUCUUUGCUGCCAACAUGGACUUCUUUGGCGAGCAGUAUGAGACGCCAGCGAUCGGCAUUAUUAUCUUGGGCGGCAUCAUCUUGGUCAUCUCCUUCUUUGGGUGCUGUGGAGCCAAGCGCGAGAACGUCUUCAUGCUGAGAGUGUUUGCCGGUCUGAUGGUGCUGACACUUAUCCUGGAGUUUGCCGCUGCCAUCACCGUUGCUGUGAUGCGCCCCAACAUUGAGGAGCUGGUGAAGAUGAACAUGAACAAGACAAUGAAGAAAUAUGGGGAACCAGACAACGCUGUCACCGAGGCCUGGGACAACCUGCAGAUGAAUUAUGACUGCUGUGGCACCAACAACUACACAGACUGGUCCACCACGGCUUAUGGUACCAACUCCUCUGUGAUGGGCGUGCCAGACUCCUGCUGCAAGAACCAAGAGCCAGGCUGCGGCCACCAUAUCUUUGAGGAAGACCCACCGCUAUUGAAGAUCUACACCACCGGUUGCUACCAGGCCCUGUCCGACUCUGCCCGCCACAACAUGGGUGCUAUCAUUGGAGGGGUGGUGGGCCUGGCUAUCCUGCAGAUGAUCGGCAUUUGGAUGUCUUGCUGUCUCAUCAAGGCCGUCAAGGAACGUUAUGAGAUACUGUAAGAUGACUCCCAUCCCCCCAACCCCCUACCUCCCCUCCCCUCCUCAGCCUCAGCCUAGCACCCCCUGAAGAAGGCAUUCAUCGGGCCCACUGAGGAAGAUGUGGAGGUGGUGGUGGUUUGUGGGUGCUGCUGCUAAACAGCCUCUGUGUGUGUGUGUGUGUGUGUGUGUGUGUGUGUGUGUGUGUGUGUGUGUGUGUGUGUGUGUGUGUGUGUGUGUGUGUGUGUGUUUAUUUAUUUCUUUUCUUUUCUUUUCUUUUCUUUUCUUUUCUUUUCUUUUCUUUUCUUUUCUUUUCUUUUCUUUUCUUUUUUUCUCUUGGCCAGUUUAUUGAGUUUCUCUCUCUCUCUCUCUCUCUCUCUCUCUCUCUCUCUCUCUCUCUCUCUCUCUCUCUCUCUCUCUCUCUCUCUCUCUCUCUCUCUCUCUCUCUCUCUCUCUCUCUCUCUCUCUCUCUCUCUCUCUCUCUCUCUCUCUCUCUCUCUCUCUCUCUCUCUCUCUCUCUCUCUCUCUCUCUCAUUGUUGUCAUGGUUUCUAUUGAUUUCUGUUUAGUUUUCCUGAUUUUUUUUCUCCUCCCAUUGAAGUAUUGCAGUUUUGACAAUUAUGCAAUGUACUUUUUUUUGUUUAUGGGGAAAAUAAUAUAAAUGACCUAAGUUUCUUCAUUUCUCUUUUUUUGUUUUUCUUUAUUCAUGUAUUUUCAAGGCAUACAAAUUAUUAUCAUUACUUAUACUAUCAUUAUUAUUAUAACUAUCCAGUUUUCUACAUAUUCAUUGAUCUACUUGGCCAUGACAGUUUGAUUUCUUAUUUCCCUGCCUAUUUAUUCACUUUUUUUUCCAUGAAUUUGUUUGAAGAGAAAGACAAUAAACACUCAUACUUUUUAUUUACAAAUAAUUUCAUCUUUAGUUUCAUUUCUUGCCUUCUAAGAAAAAUUAUAAAUUCUUUCAUUUCUAUUGGUUUAUUACCAUAUAUCAAUGCUUUUUAUUUCCCACUCCUUUAGAAACAUAUUUCAUAUAUGUAUUUUCUUGUAUCUCCAUUUAUUGUUAUGCAUAAUCAUUAGUUUAUCUUACUGUGAGUGUCUCAGUAGUCUGUCAUUAAUUUGUAAGUGUGAAGGGAGGCUCAGAUUGGUUAUCAGUAUUAUCUUGUUUUCCGGGUCUUGCUAUUGGUGUGUGUUCCAACGGAUGAAAUUUGAACCCAGACUGUAGGUGUUAGAUGUAAGGGUGUUCACUGUAUGGAGUGUGUGAAGACUGGCCAUCCUAGUUACUGUUUGGGUGGGUUAGGUUUGGUGAAAUUGUUAUGUAACUGGAUUUAUUAAGCCCUGCUGUUUUCUUUCUUUUGGAGUGGGGUUUGGAUAGGUUGUCAGACUAGAUUAGAUUAUCUGAUCAUACUAACCCAACCAAUCACUCUACUUUACCAAAUAUAUCUCUUUACAUAACCUAACCCAACAUUAACUUUCUUUACCUUGCUUUACCUUACCUUGACUUUCUGUACUUAGCUUACCCUACCUAAUCUAACUUCACCUCACCAUAUUUCACUUUACAGUACCUUAAAUUAGGAUACAUAAAGUUAACCUAACUUAAUCCAACUCAGCGCAAUGUAAAACUAGCCAAGGUAACCUUUCAUGUGAUGCAGUCUAACCCUUACCUAGUUGUACCAAAAUUAUGUAAUAUUUGGGGAAGAGGAAUUUCAUAGCACUUACUGAUGUCAGGAGAGAGAAGAAUUGACUCGUAGGUGUGUCAAAUUACUUAUCUUGUGCAUUUCUGAAGGAGAGAUGCACUUGUUUAUACCUGGGUAUGUUUGUACUGGUGAGUCAGGAUUUAUUAGUGAGGCACCUUCCUAGUAACUUCUGUAAAUUGAUGAAUAAGAUUGUCAAGAUUAACUGUACAUUUUUAUUUUUAAUUUUUGAUCCGUGUUUUCAGUAGUUUGGGUGUUCUUUAUUUGUAAAAGCAAAUUCUUCACUGUAAACCAUGACCUGUAGAAUUGUUUUGCAAAAUUUUUGAGGAUUUCUGUCUUAAGGUGCAAAUUCUGCCUUGCAUCAGAAGGUACAAAGUUAUCAUACCUGUAUUCAUAUUCAAAAAUUGUCAGAUGCUUGAAAUUAAUGAAUCACUCAAUCAGUGAACUUUGAACAUUUGUAAGCCAAACAUACAUAAAUCUGAACUCACCUUUACUUCAUUCGCUCUUCCCUUAGAGUGUGGCAAGGCAAGGUUGUGGGAGGAGAGUGAACAAAAUAGAUACAGUGAUAUAACCGAGAAUAUUCUUAGGGGGAUAUUUGCUAUGGGAGGGAGGUGCUUGCAACUUAGAGGAAACUGUUACUGCUGCAGACAGACUGAGAAAGACACAUUACUAGGGAUAAGCAUUCAUGGAAGCUUGGAAGGUGCAUGUGGCCAUUGCUUAAAGAAACUAGAUAGGUAAGAUUGUGGGGGAUGUAAGAUUGAGGGCAAGAGAUAAAUUUCCAUGGGAUUUUUGACGUGGUGAGGUAUGUGUGGCUUUCAGAACCUUGCUGCUUGACUAACUGCACUUCACUGGGAUCUGUAAGGUGGUGGUAUGGGUGACUGAAGGCACAUAAGGGAUACAAGCAUCUUUAGUGGCAUACGGCUUUCAUGCUGCACUAGACUAGGUGAGGUGUGUGAAGGAGUGGAUGGCUUUGUAUGUUAUAGGGGCAUUCUUUGGGGUCUGGAAGAUUUGUGUGACAUUCUAAGACUUGGAUUUUUAUUGUAUUUGCACUCUGAUUGUAGUGGUGAGACUGUUCAAGGGAGUGAGUGAAGUAAGUUAUGAGGACAGGUGUGACAUAACUUGUAGAAACUAUUACAGUUUUUAAUAACUGCACUAUUAUGAAUUUGGGGAGGACAUGGGGGGGGGGGGAAAUAUAAGAAAUACAAGGUUUUUAAAAAAGAUGUAUCUGAUUUGAAAUUCACAUAUCUCUGUAACCACAAACUGACAGUAAAUAAAACUAAUUUGGAAAGGCAGGGAAUGAUGUUUCAAAUCACCACCUUUCUAUGUUGCAAGUAUCUCAUUCAGUCAGUUCAUGGUUGCAGAAAUACAGCCAUUUCAAAUUAUGCCCAAAUCUUUAUAAAAAUACCCUUAAUUUGUUAGGCACUGAUUUAUAUCAGUUACAGAAGCACAUAUUGAACUUAGCAUCAUAGCCUCUGACAGCACUGUGUUUAGGGCACAUUAGGCCAAGCAGACUGUAUGAUUGCACUGUUAGAGGUAGAGAGAGAUGUCUGUUUUAGUGGUGUGUUGAGGGGAUGAGGGACAAUAAUGGUGGAGGAGAGGCAAUGUGAGGUGAUGUCAAAGUUUUUUUAAGGUGUUUCCCUUGAGGAUGUGAUGUUCCUAGCACUCUUUGCCAUGUAGCACUGCACCACCACCACCACUUCUUGCACUAUCUCGGUGUUGUUACUCGUGUAUUUGUGAGUGCCAAAGUGUUCCUCGUACAUUAUUGCUGUUGGUAUUGCGAUAUUUUUUUUCACUGCUAUUGUUUUUAUUUUUAUUUUAUUUUAUUGUUUAUACCUACUGAUUUAUUUGUUUUUAUUACUUAAUUUUCAUACUUGCAGUACUGUAUUAUUUGCCACACCCGUCUUUUGUUUUUAUUUUCUUAUUUUCACAUACAGUAGCUAUUUACUGUUUUUAUUAUUUUUAACUUGAUUUUGUCACAUACUGAGCUAUGUACCGUACUUUUUUUUUCCUUUAUUUAUUUACUUUUUAUUUUAUUUUGUUUUCUGUCUAGUACUUUUCUUCCUGUGCUGGUGAGUCUCAGUUUACGAAGGAUUUAUGUUUUGGCAGUCAUUUUGUGACCGAGACUUCUGAAGUUGCAUGUGACCUGAAGAUUCAUUAAUUGGUAAUAACUAAAUUUUAAAUAGUUUCCAUUUGUACAUUUCACAUUUUUCUGUCAGUUUUUCUCAUGCCAAAUUCAUUACCAGUUUGAAUUUUGUAUUUAUGAAUUGGAAUUAACCUCAGAUUUUUAUUCUUUAUAGAUAUUACUUUUUUUUCUAUAAAUUUUUAGGUGUAUUUUUUUUUUUUUUUUUCUAAUUUUAUUAAUUGUUAGUGCAAAAUUCUGUAUUCAUAAAUUUAGUAAGUUAUUUUGUUGGAAACUUUGAAACACCUGUAAUUCAACAUUCGUAAACUGACAUUCAUCUUUAUUUGUUUUGUAUACAGCAUUAAUUCCUUCUCACAUUUCAACCACCAAAUGUUAAUUAAUAGUUGCAUGUCUUUAAAAAAAAAAGUAACCAUAAUAUUGGAACUUAUAUUUAAAGAAGAAAUGAGUUUUUUUUUUUUUUUUUUUUUUUUUUUUUUUUAAGAAGUGAAAGGAAAGAAAAAAAAAGUUUGCUACACUUUCAUGUAUAAUCUUCCAUCCAUGUGCUGAUUAAUUUUAUUUUAUUUUAUUUAUAUAUUUAUUUAUUUUUUUUUCUGUAUUGUAGAUGAGAAAAAUACAACUCAUGCUAAGGUAAAAAAAAAAAAAGUAUUUUUGAAGAGUGACACAAAUGAGAAAAAAAAAUACAUCACUACUUUCACAUAUAAAUUUCUAUCCAUGUAUUGAAAAUUUAACCAUGGUUUUUAUUAUUUACUUGUAGGUGAGAGAAAUACAACUCAUGCUGAAACAGAAAAUGGAGGUUGUUUUUUUGAGCAACAACAAAAUAUAAGAAAUAGUCACUCUUAUGUAUAACUUCCCAUGUACAGUGAUAAUUUCACUUUUUUUUUUCUUUAUUAUUUACCUGUGUAGAAAAAUUAAGAUAGUUUUUUUUUGAGUAACAAGAAGAAAGAUUAGAAACAUGCCACUCAUAUAUAAUUCUCCAUCCAUGUACUGAUAAUAUGACAUUUUAUUUAUUUUUUACUAUUUUAUUUAUUUAUUUUUUUCAUUAUUAUUCACUUAUAGAUGAGAGGAAUGCCUUACAUCUUGCAUUAUGUGAAGGCAGCUGUGUAUUGUCCAAACUAUAGGAAGCCUGCCCUUUACUGUUGUUAUCAUUGUUAUUGCUGUUAUUAUCACUACUGCUGCUGGUGAUGUCAUUAUUUACAGUAGUGUCAGUGGAGGUAAAGCUAAAGUAUAUUGACUCUCACACUUGUAUUCUUUAGGUAAAGCUGCCUAAGUGCUCUAUGCCAUAUUAUAAAGUUGUCCAUGUCACUACUACUACUACUACUACUACUACUACUACUACUACUACUACUACUACUACUACUACUACUACUACUACUACUACUACUACAAAUUAGAUGCAGUAGGUGUGAAAUGAGAACUGUAAUCUUUUUUUCUCUCAAAUUUCACAACCUUCAGUUUUCAUCACCACAAUAUUUGAUAAGUGAUAAAUUUUGUAAUAUUUUUAAGUACUACAUAUAUUGCUGCAUUUAUUUUAGUUACCAUUAUAUUGGAGAAUGAAGUUUGGCAGUAUUUCUCACAGGAACCUUGUAUAAUACGUAACUUUAUGAAGCCUUACAUUAGAGGAAAAAGAAGAAACCAUUUAUUUUCUAUUAUAGGUAAGCAGAUUUACAUAUUCCACAAUGUGAUCUUUAAUAUAUAGGACAUUUAUUACACAAGUAUAAUAGUAGAGCUAGCUAGCCAGCAACACCUGUUUGAACUGAACUUCCCCCCCAACCAAGGCCAACAGCACAGCACCCCUCAGCCAUUGUAACCCUUGUGCUGGACAGUCCUGGUCAGGUGGGCUGGUAGCCUUCCCUGCUCCCUUCUGCUGUUUUGUGCCUUCCCUUUUUGUCGUGCAGCCCUGGCCCUGGUACUGUCAUCAGGGAGUUAGAGGACUUAACCCAUAUGACAAGUACCUAUUAGACUUUAAACUGCAGACCAAAAAAAAUGGACAUCAUAAAAAAAGGCAAAAAUCAAAAUCUGAAAGUAUAUAAUGAAAUUUUUUAUAAUGAAUAUUUUUAUAUGAAAUGUUACAGAUGAAAGUGGUACAUGAACUAUUAAACUUGAUGUAGUAUUAGUGUUUAUGAAAAGUAUGAAUAUAGCUUUAUAAAAGUACUGUGUAAAGUGUGUCAGCAUGACUUCAUGAAUAGAUUCUGCUGGAUAGAGGAUGUUAGUAUUGUAUUUUAAGGCAGAGUGUUUAUCAAAAGUAUGAGCAUCACUUUUUAAAGACACUGUGCUUAUAAAGUGUGUUAGCAUCACUUUAUUAAGAGAUUGUGCUGGAUAAACAACUACUUUAUAAGGCACAGUGUGUUUAUUAAAAGGAUGAGCAUCACUUCAUAAAGUCACUGUAUUUAUAAAGUGUCGGCAUCACCUUAUGAGGAUACUACCAGCAUAGUACAGGACUCCACCAUGUAACAGACCACUUCCAAACUUGAUCCAAUCCCCUGUCAGUUUGUCAUGAUAGAUUCAGUGAGAUACAAUAGUGCAGGAUGCAUGACUAGAAUCCUGACCCACUGAAAACCAAAGGUAUCAUCCCAAACCCCUUCACUGUGAUAUGCAACAGUUCACACUAAAAGUAAAGUAUGAAAUCUUUUUAAGCACGUACAGAGAAGAAAGGGAUAAGAAAAGAGCACACUGGAAUUUUCAAGGCAGCAAAAUGUUUGCAAGUGGCUGUGGAACAAGAAAAGAUGUCUCAUAGUGAUUAGUAAUUUAAGAAAGGGAUGUCAAAUAGCAGUGAAUGGGUUAACUUAAUGAAAUCUUCUUUAACUUGAUGCUAAGGUAUUUAGGGUCAACAAUGAAGGGAAAACACUAAACCUGAUGGAAGAAAGUAGGAUGGCAUGCUAACCGCCUUGGUCAUGACUGCAGGAUAGGGAUAAGUUCACAUACACGCAUAUACACUUACUCAUGUUGGGUUAAGAUGAAGUGAGGGAGUGGAAGUGAUAGCAGGAAGACUCAGACUGAAGCAGGAGUGACUAGAGGAACUAAUAUUGACGGUGUGACUCUUGUUACUUCAUUUGUGUGAGUAAAGCAGCAGGCACUAAGAGAUUUGAAUUAGUGCUUCUUUUGCUGGCAGUGGUGUCUUUUGGAAUUGUAAGUACUGUAAACUUGCACUACUGAGGGGAGGCCACAGCAGUCAGAUUAUAUUGUAAACUUGGACUAAUACAUUUUAAGACUGAAGCUAAAGUUAAAAUAUACAUACUGUUAGAAUAUACUAAAGACUUGCACCUUAGUAAAAUCAAGAAAAUGUUAAACAGUCUGAUUCUACCAUAAACUUGCAGCACCAUAUUUUAUCAAGACUGAGGUGCUGUAGAAGUUAAAAUGUUAUAAACUUAAAUUACAAUACUGCACUAAGACGAAAAGAAUGUAUUAGCCGUUAGAUGAUACAGUAGACUUGCACCACUUAAUUUUAUCAAGACUAAGGAACUGUAGCAGUCAAAAUUUGAGCUACACGAGUCAAAAAUUGUAAACAUGCAUCACAACACUUAUUUAAGACCAAGACACCACAACAAUCCAGUAACACAAUGAACCAGCACCAUAACAACUGGCUUGAGGAGAGUGAAAUAAUGAUUGUAAACUUCCACUGUGACAAUUAAGACCAUAGCAAGAAAAUAAAACCGCAUAUUUGCCCCACAACACUAUUAAGACCAUGGGGAGACCAUAACAGUGAAAUGAUAACAGUAACACAUUAUCAAGCUACAACACAAAUCAUGUCACUCGCAACACACUCCAGCCACAUUUUGAGUCUCCUUGCCCUCUUACAUUCACUCAUUCAUGUAUUAAUAUUCUAUGCAUGUCUCCCUUUAUUAUUAUUAUUAUUAUUAUUAUUAUAUAUAUGCCCCUACCCCCUUAUCAAUUGCUGAGCUGCUGUUAUCAAUACUCGGAUUCACAAGGCACCAGACCCAGACUCAAUAAAACUUGUACACCAUGGAA